GCAGGACCUACUCGAGGCUUUAAAACCUGCGAACACGCCACUGCCUCCAAACUGCCUGGGGGGUGAUGUGCUGAAGUGGCGGAGGGGAGAGCAGCAUGAGGCUCCAGCUGGAGAAGCAGCUCCUCUUCCUCUCCCUCCUCUGCAUCCUCUCCAAGGUGUGUGCCCAGCUGUGCCGGAGACCAUGCUACUGCCCCUGGGUGCCACCCCGCUGCCCCCGCGGGUCCCCCCUGGUCCUGGAUGGCUGUGGCUGCUGUAAGAUCUGCGCCCGGCGCCUGGGAGAGCCCUGCGACUUCCUCCACGUCUGUGACCAGAGCCAGGGCCUCGUCUGCGACCACAGCGUGGCGCCUGCGGGGACAGGAGCCACCUGCAACUUUGAAGAGAGCGAGGAGGGCUGUGAGGUGAAUGGCCGGGUCUAUCGAGACGGGGAGGUUUUCCAGCCCAGUUGCAAACUCCAGUGCCGCUGCCUGGAUGGGGGCUUCACCUGCGUCCCGCUCUGCCAGGAGGACGUCCGGCUGCCCACCCCGGACUGCCCCUACCCACGGCGCGUCGAGGUCCCGGGGAAGUGCUGCCCCGAGUGGAUCUGCGAAGCCCGGGACCAGCACCUCCUCCGGGAUGCUGGGGCAGCCCCGGGGGCGGCGUCCCCACUGCUGCCGUACCCCUGCCAGGAGUGGGCCACGGAGUGGAGUGCCUGCUCGGCCACCUGUGGCAUGGGCUUUUCUACCCGCAUCUCCAACCAGAACCGCUACUGCAGGCUGGAGACUCAGAGGCGGCUCUGCAUGGCCAGACCCUGCCCAGCUCUGCCGGCAGCAUCCCCAGCGAGGGGAAAAGGAGGUCGUCUGUAGCUGUGCCCAUCCCGGUCACAUUCCGGAGCCAACGCCUCAUCCCGGCAAAGAGUCUGGCACAAGCCCACGGCACUGUGGUUUCGGUGGAGACUGAGGAUGUGUCCCUUGGGAAACUGGGGAAGAACUGAUGGAUUUUGGCUGCAAAGGAGGGUGGAAAGAGAGAACAAGAUCCCCAUGUCACCCAGCACCUGCCCCCUCUGUGUACCCUGCUGCCCCAGGCAGGGUUACCGGGCAGCAUCCCUGAGUUUCUUAGGCUGAAUGAAAUGGGGAAACCCUGCCCCUAGCGUGAACCCACCCAAGAAACGAGGAAUUGGUCCUUUCCUGGAUCAGUGGGGCUUUUGGAGAGGUGGUGCUGCUCCUCCACCACAUCACACAUGCAGCUCUGCUCAGCGGGGAAUGCGAGAGAUACUGUCUCCAGCACCUGGAAGCCCAAAUCCCUGGGGGGAACCUUCAUACCCUGGCUCCCCGGAGAAGGAGCAGGUACAUUGGGCUGCACACCACAAGUCAUCGCCACACCAGGCUGAGCAGCUCAACCGUGCAUGAGCUCGGCCAUCCCACGAUAUCCACCCUGCAACCCAGCAGCCGCCUUCCUGGGCAUGGGCAGAGGCAUCCUCCUGAUGGCAGCUCUAAUUCACCUUCCCCGCAACUCUCCAGAAUAAACACGAACCUUCCUGCUCCGCCUGGCCUCCUCCUCUCCAAAGCGCUGGCGGUUUGGCAGGGCUUCAGCGAGUGAGGAGCUCAGACGCAGGAGACACAGCUCCGCAGCACCAGACAUACCGCCUGCCAUCCAAGCACAUACCCCGUGAGCCAAGGCCAAAAGAAAAGCAAGAAAAAGAGAAAACAAAUCACAAAGAUGAGUCGGGGCCGUCUCCCGAUGGGCUGGAGCUGCUCCAGCUAUGCAAGAGUCGGCGCAGGAGAGCUGCUUGGCAGCUCUGCCUUUACUUUCUCACAGAGAUACUCCUUCUGCGUGACUGAAAAAUGAAACCCAAAUGCCCUCUAACGGCCUCGCACAAGCGUGCAGAGGGAACGCGCUUCCCACGGCGGGGUGAGAAGGGCAACUGGAAAGGAUCAGCGGUUUAGGUGACAUGUCCAGGCAAGAUAUGGACAGUUUAGAUGUGUAUUGGUGGAACUGAGAAUAAAGAUGUGCUCGUCUAGGUGUGGAGCUUGUCUGGGCCUGUCUGUGCGGUGUGAGCCUGGCUCCGGUGAGCCCUUGGGAGCCCUGCUGCUCACAGCCAGCUCAGCUGCUAUAGGAAAGGCCUAACCCAGGAUGGGGCAGCUUGGAGGCACCUCAAUUCAGGCUGCUUAGAAUAAGAAAAAAAAAAAAAAAUCAGUGACUCAAAGCACUGAAAACAUCAUUACAGUAUGUUAUAUCCUGGAUUAAAUUCUGUCCCUUUGCUUUUAUCCACCCAUGAGCUCCACCUGCUCUGCUGAUGGGACCAGCCCUGGCCAUAGCGGUGCCUGGGUCUCCACUUGCUGCCGGGAUGCGUGGGAGAGCACGGCAUGGUGCAGGCUGCGUUACUGCUGGGUCUGCAGCCCCAGGCACAGCCCAGGCCACGCUUCUUCUCAGCCUCCCUAAAACCAAAGCCCAAAUUCUCCCCCUGUUAACUCAUCCCUCCUCCCACCAGCCCCACACCUCCUCUGGUCACCCCAGACCAGGAUUUCCCCGGCAUCAUGCCACCUUC